UGGGCGCCGGCGUGGGGCUGUCACACGCGGGUGGAGUCGCGGUAACCGCUACGGGUUCCAGCUGCACGGCGUUGCAGAGUGUGUGUCCACCCACGUCCCCCUGUCCCUGAGCAGCGGUAGCAGCGGUAGCGGCAGCAGCAGUAGCAGCAGCAGCAGCAGCAGCUGGAGGAAGCGGCCGAAACUACCGAGAUCCCCGGGGCCACCCAGGCCACCACCGCCUCCUCCGCCCUCCUCAUGCUCGCCCGGUGCUUUUCAGCGUGGCAAGGCCUCCACAGGUCCUUUUCAAGCUCUGUUUGACUUCAUCACACCUUACUUGGCAUUAUACUUGCUUGUGGACAUAUCAUAUCCCUUCCCACCCCCAGGAAUAGCUGGUGGUUCCAGGAUUUUCUUAAGAAUGACUUUAGGAAAAGAUAUUAUGUCCCCUCUUCAACUGAGGUCUUCAUCUUCAGCAACCAAAAAAAACUUUUUGAAGUGGGAUUUGUCACCAGAACAAAUUAAAGCAAGAACUGAUGAGCUCAUACAACAAACCAAGCAGGUGUAUGACACUGUUGGAAUGCUUGAUAUCGAGAAAGUGACAUACGAGAAUAGUUUGCAGGCUCUCGCAGAUUUAGAAGUGAAAUAUGCAGUGGAAAGAAGCAUGUUGGAUUUUCCUCAGCAUAUCUCCUCAGACAAAGAUGUACGAGCAGCCAGUACAGAAGCUGACAAAAGACUUUCUCGUUUCGACAUUGAGAUGAGCAUGAGAGAGGAUGUAUUUCAGAGAAUUGUUCAUCUACAGAAAACCUGUGAUCUUGAAACAAUAAAGCCUGAAGCCAAGCGCUACCUAGAAAAGUCCAUUAAAAUGGGAAAGAGGAAUGGUCUUCAUCUUCCAGAGGAAGUGCAAAAUGAAAUCAAAGCAAUGAAGAAAAGAAUGAGUGAAUUAUGUAUAGACUUCAACAAAAACCUCAAUGAAGAUAAUACCUUUCUUAUGUUUUCUAAGGAAGAACUUGGGGCUCUUCCUGAUGAUUUUCUUGACAGUUUAGAAAAGAUAGAAGAUAACAAAUAUAAAGUUACCUUAAAAUAUCCCCACUACUUUCCUGUUAUGAAAAAAUGUUGUAUCCCAGAAACCAGAAGGAAGAUGGAAAUGGCUUUUAAUACAAGAUGCAAAGAGGAAAACACCAAAAUUCUGCAACAGCUACUUCCACUACGGGCCAAAGUUGCAAAAUUACUUGGCUAUAGCACACACGCUGACUUUGUGCUAGAACUUAACACUGCCAGGAGUACGAGCUGCGUUACUGGCUUUUUAGAUGACUUAAGCCAGAAACUAAAACCUUUGGGUGAAGAAGAACGAGAGUUCAUUCUGAAUUUGAAGAAAAAGGAAUGUGAGGAAAAGGGGUUUGAAUAUGAUGGAAAAAUCAAUGCAUGGGAUUUGCAUUACUACAUGACCCAGGCAGAAGAACUCAAAUACUCCAUCAACCAAGAGAAGCUCAAGGAAUAUUUCCCAAUGGAAGUGGUCACUGAAGGCCUCCUGAACAUUUAUCAAGAGGUGUUGGGCCUUUCGUUUGAGCAAGUGACUGAUGCCCAUGUCUGGAAUGAAAGUGUUACUCUCUAUACAGUGAAAGAUAAAGCAACAGGAGAGGUAUUAGGGCAGUUUUACUUGGACCUAUACCCAAGGGAAGGAAAAUAUGGCCAUGCAGCCUGCUUUGGCCUCCAGCCAGGCUGUCUCCUACCUGAUGGUAGCCGAAUGAUGUCUGUGGCUGCCCUGGUAGUAAAUUUCUCCCAGCCUGCUGCAGGCCGUCCCUCCCUGCUGAGGCACGAUGAGGUGAGGACCUACUUCCACGAGUUUGGUCACGUCAUGCAUCAGAUAUGUGCACAGACUGAUUUUGCUCGAUUUAGUGGGACUAAUGUGGAAACAGACUUUGUGGAAGUGCCUUCCCAAAUGCUUGAGAACUGGGUAUGGGACAAGGAUUCCCUCAGACGCCUAUCAAAACACUAUAAAGAUGGGAACCCUAUAACAGAGGAUCUCCUUGAAAAACUUGUUGCUUCUCGACUGGUCAACACAGGUCUUUUGACCCUCCGCCAGAUUGUAUUGAGCAAAGUUGAUCAAGCUCUCCAUACUGAUGCAUCGUUGGACUCCUCAAAGGAAUAUGCCAAAUACUGUUCAGAGAUUCUAGGCAUUUCAGCUACUCCAGGUACAAACAUGCCAGCAACUUUUGGACACUUGGCAGGAGGCUAUGAUGCCCAGUAUUAUGGAUACUUGUGGAGUGAAGUGUUUUCCAUGGACAUAUUUUAUAGCUGCUUUGAAAAAGAAGGGAUCAUGAAUCCAGAGGUUGGAAUGAAAUACAGAAACCUUAUCCUGAAGCCUGGGGGAUCACAGGACGGCAUGGACAUGCUCCGAAGGUUCUUGAAACGUGAGCCAAACCAAAAGGCAUUCCUAAUAAGUAAAGGCCUGCACACUCUGUAAAACUGGGAAUCUUUUGUAGAGUCGUCUCUGCAAGACAAAUGGAUAUUUCUUGGUGUUUUUUGGACAUUAAAAGAGGAGAGGAUAUCAACACCAGAAAAUAUGUAGAGUUCUGUCAUUCUCAUUUUAUUUAAAAAGCACAUUUAACCACUGAAUUCCCCCUCCCCCCUGGGAAAAAAAUUAAUUGUUGGAACAGCCCAUUAGAAAAUAAUCAUAGUUACAAAAACAUCAUCUAAGUACAUGUGUGAACUUCUUUUUAUAAAAAUUUCAUAAGAUUUAUAAUUUGUUUUUUUUAUCAGAAUCUAGGUAAUGUACAUCUGAGAAACCUGACAAUUUUUAAUUGAAAUUAAUAUACACUGUUCAACAGCUAAUUUAAUCCAUACAUUUUAAAGUUUUGUACAUGUGGUUUUUGUGAAUAUAAAUGAAUAUUCACAUAAUUCUCUUAUGUUGUAAAUAUUUCCUUGGGGCUUGGAAUCAACUUUAACUGGAUGUUUACUGGUCCAGAGGUAUGGCCAUUUACCCUGGCUAUCAUUCAGGGCCCAAAGUAUCUGCCUCAGUGACAUAUUAGUCACCCUUGCACACCAGACCUCAUCUUUUCCAACUUUCUGCUACACUUGUUGGGAUUAUGUGCUGUGAUUUGGGUUUGGCUACAACUGAGAUGCCCUUGUAUUUUCUCUUCCCCUACCCUUCACUUUUCUCUUUUUUUACUUGAAUUUAUUUCAGUCAGGAUAUGCCAGGUAAUACUUGAGUUAUGUCACCUUGGGCCAAAUAUAGAUCCCAAACUCAUGUCCAGGAUGUCUGUACCAAACUGCUACAACACAAGAUUUGUGAUCUUGUUCUAUGGCUGCCAAAGCAGUAGCAAGUCCAAAUAAAUUUUUCUCUAAUAAGAAGAGGUGGUACCUCAGACACUUGACACUUACUAGCUGUGUGACCCUGGGCAAGUCACUUAACCCUCAUUACCUCGCACCCCCCCCCCCCAAAAAAAAAAGAGGUGGUAAAAGACCUGCUGUGUGGCAGAUGGAUGUGUCUUGACUUAGGUGCAGCAAAAGGAGGAAAAUGGUGUCUAGGUAAAGAUUUCAAGAGCCCUAGAGAAGGAAGAGAAGCAUUGGGCCAAAGAGUUUGAGAACCACCACUCCAAUGCUGUUCUUUUGUACACAAACAAAAAAUCAGAUAGGUUUUACAAAACCAUCUUAUCUCUUGAUUUUUAUCACCACUCUUCAAGGUCUUUCCUUGGGCACCAUGAAAUACUCCUUAGGUUAAGUCCUAAUUCUCCACCACAUCUACAGGCACACAGUACUUUUCUCCUAUACCCAAAGGAAAGGCUAUCCAUGAUCAUGUUGAUUGGAAAGUGACUUUGAACCCAUACUGCAUAUUCUCUCCGCUGUAUACUACGCUGAGAUUCAAGACUGAACUUAAAAUUUAAUGACCUAAGAUGAGCUUGGGUCAUUUCCCUCAGCUACUUAGGAAAGAAACUUGUUCCCAUGGAAAGAAUAUUGGAUUUGGAGGCAUAACCCAGAGGACCCAGAUUCAAAUCCUGACUGCUACUUCCUGUGGCUGAAUCAUUUAAUCUCCCUGGGCCCAGUCCAUCAUUUGUCAAAUGAAGGGUUUGGACUAGAUGCACUCUCAAAGUCCCUCCUUACUCUAAAUUGAAGAUCCUUUGAGCCUAUGAACUAACAAAUAUGAUAUUUGUUCCAACUGCUUCCCAGCCAGAACCAAGGAGUUAGUUAUCCUGCUGGCUGAGGAUAAAAUGAGCAAGAACCCCUUUUAUAGGGGGCAGCUAGGUUGCACAGUGGGUAAAGCACCGGCCCUGGAUUCAGGAGCACCUGAGUUCAAAUCCAGCCUCAGACACUUGACACUUACUAGCUGUGUGACCCUGUACAAGUCGCUUAACCUGCAUUGCUCCACCCAAAAAAUUUGCAUUAAAAAACCCUCUUAUACUUCAACCCCAAUGUUAUGGCCUUUCACUAAAGAAAAAUUCUUAUCAAGAAACAUGACCAAGCAAAUGUUGCAGAACUCCAGAAGGUAGUAAUGGGUCUGUAAAAGAGAAGCAAAUGCUUAGAAUACCCUCUUGAAACCCUAGCCUGCCUGGCUUUUCUUUCUACCACACUGAAGCAGCCAAAGUGCCACGGCUUGCCAAAGUUUGGUCACCCAGAGCCCUUUUGUUAUAACCUGGGAUUUCACAGUAUUUUGUUUUUCCAUUUCAGAUGAAAACUCUCUUCACUCUUUUUUUUUCCCUUUAUUCUUUUCUCUUCUCAAAUGUAUUUUCCCUGUUUUUUUUUAAACAUUCUUGAAUAUUACAUUAUUCUAUAGGAGAAAAAAAGAAGAUCAUUUGUAUGAAAGAGAUUACACAUGAUUAAAUUAUAUCAUGACACAAGAAAGAAACCUUCCUAGAACUGCUUCUUUCUGCAUGUGGGACUAGAGCAUGGAGGACCAUAGCCCCUUACGUUGCAUUUCUCAUUUUGGAUCUGCACCCGAUUUCAAAAGCUUGGAAGAGGACCGUUUAGGAAACCAUAUCCUCACAGAAAGUAUUCUUUAGCAUGACUUAGGGAGAAGAGAAUUAAAGGUUCAUUUUUUAAGGCCAUUUAAAAUACAAUCCACGUGUUCUUUCUUAUUCCCAGGUCAGAGUAUAUGGUGUCCUGGAGGCCCUCUCACUAGCAGAUAAACACAGAAAUUGCAAUUUGGCAAACAUAUUCUACUGAUUUACAAAUCAAGCCAAUUCCAGCCUGAUCUAGGUCUUCAAUGGACAUAGGUUGUCCAAGAACAAGGUCUAAGCCGAAACAUAUUUAUUAGUGGGAAUCAAACUGUAAUGGCUGAAAAGUUCAUUUUUAAGGUGCUGAAGAAAAAAAAAUGAAAAGUUUAAAGUUAUGUGCAGUGGUAUAGGUUUUCUCCUCCAGAAUAAACUGUCAACUCUGUAAGAAUAAUAAUAGAAGAGUUACUACUUAAAGACUUCUCACCUGAGCUGUUUACAGCUGAGGGCUUUUGGCUUUCUUAAACAAUUAGAAUGAAUCAUAGACCCUGGACUCUUCAGUCCUGAUAUCUAGCACGGUGUAAUAAAUGAAUAGUGAAGGGACAGUGUGAUCUGAUGGGGAAAAAAUAUUUAUAUGUUCCUGUAAUAUCAAAGCCUUGACUUAAAGCAAAAGACUUUAAUUUUCUGCUUCCUUAUUUUGCCUUCAGCCUUCAUAUAUGAAAUAAUGUCAUACAGUGAUCUUGCACACCCAUUGAAUCAGCAGAUUUGAAAGACACUAGUUUCUCUUCUGUUCUGAUGUAGAACUUCCCUUGCUCUGAAGCUAGCUAGUACAUGAAAAUGCCUGACCUCCUCAGUCAAAUAUAAUUUACAGAGCCCAAAGGGUGUUAAAAGUGAAACUCUAUCUGUUUCGAAUGGAUGCAGUGAACAAGAUUUCUUUCUUUUCACCACGCCACAGCCAUAUUAUACCUACGUAUCCCCAUCUGAAAUUGGAUACCCCCUUGGAAAUUGGAUAUUCAUUCUUUUAUGAAAGUUUGGUAAAAUAAAAGUAGAAGAGACUUGGGACUCUAAUUUUCUUUGAAAGACAAAUAUCCAAAGUUGGUUUAGAAUUAUCUUUAGCAGACAAAUUUCCACUAGAAAUAUUUCUUUCUGAAUAACAUUCUAGUAAACACUGUAUUAAGGCAUAAAGUGGGUUUGUAAGAUCUUAAACACAAACUACAAAUGACCUCUACCAUCACACCUAAACUACAAAAUACAAUAUGUUGUAGUUGGAUUGAAUGAGAUGGUCUCUGGGGUCCCUUCCAACUCUGAAAUUUUAUGGUUCUGUGAUAUGAAUGUGACAAAGCAUUUGAAUCACCUUUUUUUUUCUUUUAAAGGAAACAUUAAAGGUUGGGGAAAGUGAAUUCACAAAGCUAUGGAUUCGUUUUUGUGUUGUUUUUGCAGCAUACUAUAGAUCUGAAAUAAAACUGCUCAGGAAAGAAUGUCUUUGUGUUAGAUCUCUACAAUGAUACAUAAUAAAUAUUUGAGCCGA